AUGCACACAUUCUGGUAUUUUCGAAAAGAAGCUAAAGACAUAUUCGACAAUUCGACAACUACCCACGAAUUCAUCUCCAUAGCACAGGAGAUACAUUCAAGAUGCCUACAGAAGCUGGUCACCGCCGUAAGUUUUUUCCCGCGUUGAAAAUGAUCGAGGGAAGGGCAACCUACAUGCGCGACCGUCGAGGAGACGCACGCUGUAUUUGCGCAUUCCCUCGAGGAUACAGUCAAACCCACUGAACAAUUGCUGACCAUUUCCUCUAGUCUAUGUCAAGUGAGUACAUCCCGUUCCCGACCGAGAGAUCGCAUCAAACCACAUUUUUGGAUUCGGACAGGUCCCGCGGAGGAGGAGGGAACAGAAAUGGCGGUGGGGGGAGUGGAAUGCGACAGGACUCGAUUGUCGAAAGAUGUGGAGAAGACGAUUGAGAUGGAAUUAAGGGAUUCGUUCUGACACCAAUAUUCAUAGGGGUCGCCACCUCAGCUACCAACGUGGAAAGCGCAACACCAACCCAGGUACCAGCUUGAUCAAGAUUGAGGGCGUUGAUGAUACCAAAGCCGCCAAGUAGGUCAAUCGCCAAAUGAUGGAAGGAGGAAAAUUCUAACAGAGUACAGCUUCUACCUUGGAAAGAAGGUUGCUUUCGUUUACCGUGCGCAAAGAGAGGUCAGAGGAUCAAAGAUCAGAGUUAUUUGGGGCAAAGUUACCAGACCACACGGUAUGUUCAAAUUCCAGAUCCCGAACCACUGCAAAACUGAUCAAUUGGUUCAGGCAACUCCGGCGUAGUACGAGCACAAUUCAGACGCAACCUUCCUCCCAAGUCCUUCGGCGCAUCAGUUAGAGUUAUGCUGUACCCAUCCUCAAUAUAAUCAAAGAGGCAUGGUUUCGGAAAUUUGGAGUUGGUUCGCGUGGGAUGCAAGGUGGUUUGAUGGCAUGUCACAAAUUCGGUCUCUAAGGUUGGGGCAGCGAUAAAUGCAUGGCCUUGCUGGUAGCAUACGAAUAAAAGAAAUACCAACCAAGGAGGGACAUUUUUGAAAGCCAGUGAAAAUAGAAGUGAUGGUAAGGAGAUGCGCUGUAUUAUGGUAAUGGUUGGGAAGCGGGAC